GCCUUGAAGGCAACAGCGUCCGACAGAGCUCCACCUUGUAUGCUGCAGCUUAGGCGGGUGCUGGUCCAUCGAUCCUGGAGACGUGAGCGGAGGACCACCAAAGGUGCACAGGCUGUAGAGGUGGGGCGUGGUACUGAAGGGUCGUCUGACGUGGUCGCUCAUGAUGGAUGUGGAUGUGCGGCCCAACCUCUUGGCUUGGUCCUUUAAGGACCGUUCGCCGCUGCUCGAGGUGUUCGCCAACGACAAAGUCAUUUAUGGCGGACAGCACAGCGAAGCAGAGAGAGAGGUGGCAGCCAUCCGCACUUCACUGCCCAUUCCAUCAGCUGAAGGCAUCUUCUACUUUGAGGUCUCCAUCAUCAAUGCCGGCCGACCCGGGUUGAUUUCCAUCGGGCUGGCCAACACAGCCACACCCUCCUACUCUUCACUGCCUGGCAAGGACCGUCAUUCAUGGGGCUUUCGGGGUGAUGAUGGCCACUUUUAUGAGGUGGAUGGCACCAACUACGCCUAUGGCGCCCCCUACAGCACGGGUGACGUGAUUGGGUGCUGUUACAACAGCUUGGAUCACAGCAUGUUCUACACAUGCAACGGCGUCACCCUCGGCGAUAUUCGUCUGGAUAUGCCGAGCACACAGCUGGAAACGCUUUACCCCCUGCUGGCCAUUUGCUCCAACGGUGCCGUCACCGAAACCAAUUUUGGCGCUCAACCCUUCAAGUUUCAAAUUGAUACAUUCAAGGCGACAAUCCGUGCCCGCCUGCACGAGGAUAUUGUACGACGCGAGCUAAGCCCGCAGGCCGUAAGCAGUCUACCCAAGUUGGUGGCUGAUUAUCUUUACCAUCGCGGUUACACUGAGGCACUGGGCAAGCUAUCGGCGGCCACAGGCAUUACCAUUCAUGCCAACGUUCAGCUCAGCCAAGCCCGUCGAGACAUUCAACGCCACAUUGCGCGCGGCGAAGCCGCCGUGGCCAAAGAGCUGCUGCAGGAACGAUUUCCCAUCACGUGGGCCCGGCAUCCCGACUUGCGCCUGGAUCUCGAGUGCCAAGAAUUUGUUGAGCUCGUCUCUCGCUAUGCCGAUGAUAUGGACGCGCAUUUGGAGGAGCUAAUGCAACGAGGCCGCCAGCUUCAGCUUUGCAUCGAGGACGAGGCAUUUCAUGGGGAUGGUCCACGGCAACAGCGCAUUGCUACACUCAUCACUCUGUUGGCCUACCCGAACGUCAAGGAGAGCCCAGCGGCCCCUUUGUUAGAGACGGCCCCGCGUGAGCAGUUGGCAUCGCGCGCCAACGCCCUGAUUCUCGAGGACCUCAAACAGCCCAAAUACUCGGUGCUGGAGCGCAUCACAAAUCACUCUGAGGCCAGCGUUGCCUGUUUGCGGGAUAAGGGCGUAGGAUGUGCCAACUUUCUGGAACUGGACACCUUCGUGACCGCCCGAGGCAGCCAGCAGGAGUUGCACGGCCUCUGUGGCCUCCAAAUGCUCAAGAAGAAGAUCCACAACUGCGUUGCGUGCUCGAGACCACAACCAGGUGGCGGUCAGGCCAAUGGUUUGGGCGGUACUCUGUGCUAUACGAGCCAUCACCUGAGAAUUUCCAACCAAGGAGGCAUCGUACAAGCUUUGGUGAUGGGUGUCAAAGGCAUCUGCCAGGAAGAGAGGCGCGAGAACGCGGCGCCCAAAGGCGGCCUCGACAGCCAAAGCAAUGGCGGCCAGAUGCUGCAUGGCAUCGCGAGGAGGUGUUGUCGUAAGGGCCAACAGGAGAGGGAGCACUGCGAGCUCCAGCAAGCAGGCGACGAGGGCCAGCGCGCCACGGCGUUGGCACUCAACCAGGCCCUCCGCAAGUUGAGGUAG